AGAAGACAAUAAGAUGGAGGGCCUGCCAUUGUUGAUGCUGAUCGUUUACUCGAUUUUGGUCCAUACCACGCCGGAGAUUUUGGCCAGAAGCUGCAGUCCAUCUGUAGGGUUAAAGUCCAACAAUCUGGCCGAUAAAGAAACCCAAAUCGAUCUCAGUCAGUUGAGUGAGAAGCAGUUGAAACAAUUGGUCCAGCAAUUGGCCAAGUUUCAGACCCAAAAGGACAUCGACGAGGAGGAUGAGGUGGAGCAGGAGCAGCUGGAGGAUGAGGAUUACGAGAAUCAGGACGAGGAUCACAGAGGCAGCAGUCGUCCUUGGAACAAAGUCCAGAGGAUAAUACGUCGGCAAUUGGUGAAAAUACCCAGAAGGUAUCUGAAGAAACUGCUCCGGCAGUUCGGCUUGGCAAGAUCGAGUGGAAUUGGUAGUCUCCGAAAUGGAGAUUUGAGGACACAAGUGGAGGAGUAUUAUCUUAUACCAUUGGAGUAAAAAACAUGCAGUUUUUAUAGAAUUUAAGGUUUUUUUUUAUUGAAAAGGGUUAAGGUUGUGGUUUUGAGGACUAAUAUUUUUAAAUUAAUUUAAACUAAGCAUGG